AUGUGUACUGUGUUCUAUCUACAGAUGGAUGGUUCUGCAUUAGUAAGUGUAAACACUUUAGUUGAACAUCAGUUUGUGAGCCAGUGGUUAAUGGCAAAUGACCCUGCAAUAAACACUUGGUACACUAGUGGUGUUAUUGAUGAAGAAACACUAAAAAUGAGAUGGGAGGGAGAUGGUAUGGAUAUUGAACCUGGUUUGCAAUAUUGGUUAAAUAACGCCCACAAAGAUAAAUCUGGUGAUCAUAUCGUCUAUACUUAUGGCGUGUAUGAAUAUCUUUGGAGUAGAGAGUAUUCAUUGAUAUCUUUGCCGUAUAUAUGCGAAAUAAGCCAGACUGAAGCCUACAAAAUAGUCAAAGAAGACAGAGAUUUUGAUUUUGGGUCCAAUUUCUCUGAUCCACUGUUUGCCCCUAAAGGUCCAAAGUUUGUUCUCCAUCAACAAAGUGUCAUUGUUGUUCGAACUGAUAGUACACUAUCUGCUGCAAUAGAAUAUAUAGCCACUGGGUUACCUCAACCAAAUUACAAAAUCAUUCAAACUGACGACGAGGGCAAUGUUACAGACAUGAGUACACAGGUUGAUUCUCGAUACACUAUUACUAAUGGGAAGCUGUCUAUACAGAGCCCUAACGAAGCUUUGGAUUCAGGGACUUAUUACUGCAGUGCACAGAAUGAGUUUGGUCUUGUUGUCUCAAAUCCAAUGCAGCUCUCCUUCGGAUUUUUAUCAGAGUUCAGUAAUGUUGAGCCAUCACCAGUAGAUGCCUUUAACGACGACAGAGCAGCGAUAGACUGUACACCUCCCAACUAUAGGCCAGCCGUCAUUUUUCAGUGGUACAAGGGAAAUUAUCAUUUUAUUCGACCAGAUCUUCAUGCGUACAUGUUUAUUUCAAGAAAUGGUAAAUUAUAUUUUUCUGUUGUGUCAACCAACGACGCCGGAGCAUACCGAUGCAUUGUGAAGCUAUCAUCUAAUAACGGAGCGGCUAUUGGAACAAAUCAGCCUCCGAGCAGGAUAAGUCUGCCAAUACAGCUUCGAAUUAUCAAUGCAGCUGCAUCUGUAUGGGGACCAGAAAUUGCAAAUGAUUUUCCUGCGGUGUUCCCAACUACCCCAAAGCGUGGUCAGAAUGUUCAUCUGGAGUGUUUAGCUUACGGAUCAAUGCCGCUAUCCUACUUCUGGACACGCAAUGGGCUACCUAUGCCACCAGAUGCCUACAUGGAGGAUCACAACAGGGUGUUAGUUAUACCAAUAGCUAAAGUAGAGGAUAGUGGGAAUUAUACAUGCCACGUGACAAGACAGAAUGUACUUGGUGAUUUCAAGCAUUUUUAUCUCUCUAUCGAAGCUGAACCGUUUUUCCUGUUUCCUCUCAAGGACCAACACAUCGACCAGGGAAGCCAACUAACAUGGCAUUGUGCUGCACGUGGUAUACCUGCUCCAACAUACUUCUGGCUGAAAAAUGGCGUCAGACUGUUUACAAUUGAUGGGGACAUAACUGUUAGUAAUAAUGUUCUUGUUGUUCACAAUGCUGAUCCUGUCCGUCAUAAUGGAAUGUAUCAAUGUGGUGCAGAGAAUAAACAUGGAAUAAGUCACACAGAGGGUCAAUUACGUGUUCUAGGUUUUAAACCCACUUUCAAAAAACGCCCAGUAGAAGAAGUAGUAUAUGGUGCUCUUGGUGGGAAUGCUUCGUUUACAUGUCAACCUGAGGCUGCUCCGUUUCCGUCAUUCAAGUGGUUGAAAAAUGGAGCUGAAAUAAAUUUAGUUCCGGGAGACACAUCCUCCAGAAUAAUGAUGCUAACUAAUGGAAACCUGUUGAUAACUGACGUAAACACUAUUGAUGCAGGUUACUAUACAUGCGUUGUUGAAAAUAGUUUUGGAAUAGCCAACAACGCUGGACAAUUAGUAAUUACAAGCAGAACAGUGAUUAGCGUAAAACCUCAACCCGUAACAGCCUCUCUAAAUGAAACAGCUUUUAUCAGGUGUCAGGCAACAGUUGAUCCAAAUAUAGAUCUGGUUUAUAGUUGGAAAUUUAAUGGUCAUCAAAUUGAUGUAGAAAACGACAUUCACUUCACAUUAGGCACAUCAUCUUUGCUGUCAGGUUUAUUUGUAAGAAUGGCCCAGCACAAGCAUGCUGGAUACUAUGAAUGUGUUGCUAAAACUCCAAUGGACACAGACAUUGCAGGCACAACGUUGACUGUCAUUGGUCCACCUGGAGAAAUUGCAUACGUGUAUGUUGAAACUGGUACGAUAACAGCUACUUCUGCACGCCUUGGUUGGGUUUUAGGAUAUCGAUACCAGAAUCCAGUAUUGUUUUACACAGUUGAGAAUUCGAAUGAACCUUAUACAAACUGGACAGUUUUGAUAUCAAAUCUACCAGAAGCUGAUGUCAUCAUUCCAACAGAAGAUAACAACAAAAGAAUUUACCAAGUGUCUGGACUCAAUCCCGGAGUUCCCUAUAAAUUUAGAGUUAGAGCUGCUAAUGCUUUCGGUAUCGGACCUAUUGGUAGACCAUCAAUUAUUUAUCAAACUCUGAUGGCACCCCCACCAAAAGCACCUGACAAUGUCGGAGGUGGUGGUGGGAUGGUAGCUGACUUGAAGAUAAGCUGGGAUACACUUCCGCCUUUGCAUCAGGGUGCACCAGGCAUUGGUUAUCAUGUUUACUGGAGAAUGAAAGGUGGAGACACAUGGUCAAAGGGGCAAGUAAAUGCGAAUGAGGGAGUGUUCGUUACACAAAUUGGUGUGAACAACUAUUAUUUACAGUUUGAAGUGAAGGUUCAAGCAUUCAACAAUCUAGGAGCAGGACCAAAUUCAACUAUAUCUACUAUUUACUCUGCAGAAGAUUUGCCUAUCGUAACAGUAACAGGUAUCAACGCUUAUAGAUAUAAUGCAACUGCAAUUUUGGUAACAUGGGAAUCAAUUGAUAACACCCGAGAGGUAAUGAAAGGAGAAAUCAUGGGAUAUCAAGUAAAUUAUUGGGAACGAAGCGAUCCUGAUCCAAUUGUUAAUUCUAUAAGUUGGAGAACACUAGACACGUUUGGACUUUGUAUUGGACUAUUACCAAACACAUGGUAUGAGUACGAUGUACAAGUUUUCAAUACAGCAGGGCUUAAUUCAAGAGGAGAAGUAUACUUUCAAAGAACAACACUGAACGCCCCGUUAUCAUACCCGACAGAAGUAGCCGUUACUUCACAUGGAUCUGAUAGUGUGUCUGUAUCAUGGAGAGGUAUUCUGACUGGACCCGCAGAAGAAUCUCUCACAGGAUACAUAGUGAGAUAUUGGUUACAAGGAGAUGACGUAACGCAAGCCAAGGAGUUAAAGACAGACAUGGAAACACAUGCUGUAAUAUAUGGUAUCGGUAAAGGUGAACUUUACCAGUUACGACUAGCUGCUAGAAAUCGUGGCGGUGACGGAAAUUUCGGAAAUACUGUGCAUUUUACACUAGGUGGACAAGUAGUUAUAGAUCCAACCUUAUCUGAAAUAAGAGCUGGAGUAAAUGGACUAGUUCCCAGUUUGACAUGCGUCUUUAUAACUUGCUUAUUGUCGAGUAUUUUUCAUAUUUUUGGUUAUUUCUGAAACAUGGAUUGUAAUAUGGUUGUGUUGUGUUACUUAUUAUUGAAGCGAACAAACAGUCGUAAAUAUCCGUGAUACUAAGUGUCCACAUGAUAACUGUAUAAGUGCGAAGCAUAAAUGUAGAAAAUAAUGCUUUAGAAAAAUUGUUUGUCAUUUAUUUUACAUUUUGUAAAUAGUAAUAGCAAUCCUAUGAAAAAUUAACUUUUUUAUGUGUGUAGUAGUAAUCGAAGAGAGAAAUUCGCAAGUUAUAUUUAACCAAUUUUUUUUUCAUUGUACUAAACAAAUGUUACACCGACUUUUACUUGCCAUGAUCAACUUGAAUGUGCCAUAGGGUCUGUUUAUCGUUUUAGAGCACCCUAGGUCACAUUUUUCUUUUUAAACAGGGGUCGUGUUGCU